CAUCAGGAGCCAUACUCAAGACAGAGACGGUGAACAGCAGAUCUGCCUACAGCCACUACUAUGAACUCAGUCACUGCCUUCGUUGCCUGCUUGCUUAUCCUAGGUGCACAAGGACAACCAGGCAGCAAAUCUAAUAAAUGCAAGUGUUACAGUUACAUUGGCAGGAUCAGCCCAAAGCUCAUCAAGGCUGAGCCAGUGAUACACUACCCAAGUAUCUUCUGUCCACAUACAGAGAUCAUUGUCACCACAAAAGCAGAUAUGAAGAAGUGUGUGAAUCCAGAGUCCCCACUUGGACGACACAUUCUAAAAAAUCACAACAAGCAAGGGAAGAAAGGAGCUGUAAGCACCACGACUGCUGGUCAGAGUACUGCUGCAAUCUAAACAAGACACUGCACGACCUACAAGCUGCACUCCUACUGCACAGCAGAAGUGACACCUGGUUGUUGACCUAAAAGAAUUCAUUCAGUCUCACCGGAAAUACAAGAAAGCCAAUAUUCUUUAUGAUUACUCUGCAAUUUUUGUUCCCCUUGCAUGUGUGUGUACAUAUAUAUAUGUACAUAUAUGUUUUGUAUAUAUAUAUAUAUAUAUAUAUAUAUAUAUAUAUAUAUAUAUAUAUAUAUAUAUACAUGUACACACACACACACACAUAUAUAUAUAAACAUAUGUAUAGUCUAGACUUGAACCUUUUACAUUUUUGUAAAUAUGCUUUUUUCCUUACUAAAAUAAAACCCAUGUG